AGCAUUCAGCACUUUGUCUUGGAAGUUUCACUCAGAGUCCGUUAUGUCUUGUGGAAUCAAGUGAUGACGACUCUUUAAUUGAUUCUGAAAGGGAAGACAAAUGUCAUUAUGUGACCAUUUCUGCAACAAGACGUGGUGAUUCAUUAGCUUCUGAUGGGAGUAAAACAACUACUGGCAGUUCUUCACAGAUGGGAUCAGAUUAUACCUACUCGUAUGUCUCCACCUACACAGAUGGUAUGUUGUGUUCAACUCUUUCAGAAAGAAUCAUUUUUAUCGUAUUAUCAUUCAUCCAAGCCUUUCAGGUUUUCUUAUGGUCUUCUAGUUGUCCUACUCCCAUCAGUUUCGCCAGCUACUAA